AUGCACUGGAUUCUCACCGCCACUGAUUUCUUCUCCAAAUGGGUCGAAGCCAUUCCCUUACGACAUACCACAGGCAUCGUUGUCUCCACCUUUAUUCGUGAGCACAUCAUUUGCCGCUUUGGCAUCCCGGCGAUUAUUCUAUCGGAUAAUGGCACGCUUUUUGUCAAUUCUCGGGUGGCUCAGCUCCUUCAACAAUAUAACAUCACACAGCACCGAUCUUCUGCUUACUAUCCCAAAGGCAAUGGUCAAGCCGAGGCAACCAACAAAUCCCUCCUCAAAAUUCUCAGUUGCACGGUUGCCAAGCAUAAAUCUAACUGGGUUGACCAGUUGCCGUUAGCUCUUUAG